GGGACCACUCCGAGUUUAGUUCUUUUAUUUUAUUUAGUUUGGGCAGACAAUGGCGAUGAAUGCAGCCGUCAGUAUGCCGGCACUGGCGCUUUAAAGGCAGAUUAUACGCGUUUUGGAAGGCGUACUUACCUGGGAGCAUGGAACGAUUGCUUGAAUGCUGUUACGCGUUAUUUUCGAAAUAAUUUUGCAGAUGGUUACAGACAGGAUGCAAUCGACUUAUUUCUUGGCAAUUUCAAAAUCGAUCCUAACAAUUUGCCAACUACACUGGAAACAACCGUGCUAAAUUUUGACUAUCACGGUGGCGCCAUUGUUGGGACAAUUUUUGCAGCCGCUAUGACCAUCCUUUGUGUUCUGGUUGCUGAAAAUACAUCAGCAACGGUAUUUUGGCUGAUAAUUUUCAUGGCUUUAAUGCUCUUCAUAUUUUUCAAUGGCGAAGAAUUUGUUAAUAAACCACGGUUGAAAGUUGACUGA